CAAUUUAAGGUAUUGUAUUUUAACGUAACUAUUUUUCCUUAUUCUGGGGAGUACCUACCUGCAUCGUUACCCUUAUUCAUGACAAAACUAAGUAACAUAAUGCUUGUGUAUGUUUCCGCUGCAAUAGUUGUAUUUUUAAUACUUCUACGAUUUUAUCUAAGAUCAUGUGUGAAAAAGUGUACAUGCAAAUCGAAAUUAUUCGGAAAGACAGUUAUAAUAACAGGCGCAAACAGUGGAAUAGGAUAUCACACAGCACUUAGAUUAGCAGGAAGAGGAGCUAGAACGAUUCUUGCUUGCAGAGAUGAAGAACGAGCGCUUGCAGCUGUAGAGAAAAUAAAAAAUGAAACUGGUAAUAUGCAAGUUAUCUACAGACAUCUGGAUUUAACUUCGUUGCAGUCCGUCCGUGAUUUUGCUAAUGAUGUUUUGAAAACGGAAGACCGACUCGAUGUUCUUGUUAAUAACGCUGGAGCGUGUGCCCUUAGAAACGAGUAUACUAAAGAUGGUAUUGUAGAAGGUAUGCAAGUCAACCACUUUGGACCAUUUCUACUGACUCUACUUUUAAUACCUUUACUCAAAAAUUCACGGCCCAGCAGAAUUGUGAAUGUCAGCACACUUAUGUAUGUAUUUGGGUUUGUAAAUUUAGAGAAAUUUAAUGAAAAGAGACUGAACAGAAUAAAUCUGUACGCUGACAGCAAACUUUACAAUUUGCUGAUACAACAAGAAUUUUCUGAGCGACUCAAGGAAACGGAUAUUACAAUAAACUCUUUACAUCCUGGAGUAAUUGUGACGGGUAUUUUAGGUAUACCAAACCCGUUAUUUGCUGCGUUUUUCAAAUUUAUUUGCUGGGUGAGUCCUAGAACAGCGGAAGAGGGUGCAGAGACAGCAGUUCAUUUAGCUGUAUCUGAAGAAUGCAAGAACGUUACAGGAAAGUUCUACAUAGAUUGUAAAGAAACAUUUCUAUUACCUAAAGCUAAAGAUGCAGUGAUGGCUACAAAGGUUUGGUCAUUGUCGGAGAAAAUGGUUAAGAAUUAUUUAUAACUUGGGAACUUGGUU